CAAGGAGAAAACUUUUAUAUAUUUGAAAAAUGGAAAAAAGCUAAAUCUCUUUCAAAGUUCAAGGGUAUAAUAAUUGAAUCUGUUGGAUGGAAUAAAACCGUAGGAACUUCGGACGCCUCAACCAAAAAGAUUCUAAUCGGAAGCCGUAAUGGUUCGAUUUACGAAGCCGAAAUAGAAUCAACUGAUGAAUACUUCAAGCGAGGGGAAAAAUAUCUCAAACAGGUAUAUGCGUUAAAUGAUAAUCUACCUAUUACCGGUCUUCGAGUUGAAGAAUUUCCUGCCAUUCCUCGAAAAUAUUUCAUACUAGCCACAACUCCUACGAGAAUAUAUCAAUUCAUAGGCCAAGCAAACCCUGGUGCUGAUAUAGAUG